GCAGCGUGUCCACUGUCGGCACAUCCGGAAUUCCCAAUCAAUCCUGACCCUCCAACCACCAUCAUAGACAAACACCUCAUGACAAUUUCACUACCGCUUGAUGCGGUGUCCGGAGAGUCCAGCACGCGGAGGGCACUCUCUGACAUUUCUUUGGCAGUAGCCAAAUCGAAAAAGAUAAUUGUUGUCACCGGAGCAGGCAUUUCAUGUUCAUGUGGCAUUCCGGAUUUCCGGUCUUCAGAUGGUCUUUAUUCGCUCGUGAAGCAGCGAUACCCAGACAUCGUCCUGAAAGGGCGUGAUCUCUUUGACGCGUCUCUGUUCCGUGACUCUGCCUCCACUUCCGUCUUUUAUACUUUUAUAUCACAGCUCAAGCGCUCUAUCGAUGCUGCCACUCCUGCCCCUACACAUCGAUUCAUUCAAACCCUAGACGCGAAGCAGAAACUAGUACGCUCGUAUACCCAGAAUAUCGAUGGUCUAGAAGAGCGAGUAGGGCUCCGUGGGAGUUCAAGUCAGCAGGCAAAGACAAGUGGGAAGAAGAAGUCGAAGCUGAAAGUCAAAGAAGUAAGGAACGUCCAGCUGCAUGGGGACAUCCACCGCGUGCGGUGCACUUUAUGCUCUGCCGAGAUGCCUUGUACCGAGGAGCACUUGCAUUCGUUCGAGAAUGGCAAAGCCCCAAACUGCCCAGAAUGCAUCUCACGAUCGGAAGCACGAGUUGCUCGCUCUGCACGUGCCCUCAAAAUUGGGACUCUUCGUCCAGCCAUCGUACUCUACGACGAACCACACCCUCUUGGAGACGACAUAGGCGCGAUACAAACGAUGGACAUUGCUCGCAAACCAGAUAUGCUCAUUAUUAUGGGUACUUCACUCAAGGUCCAUGGUCUCAAAAAGCUUGUUAAAGACUUCGCGAAAGUCGUACACGCUACUGGGACUGGAACUACACCGAGCGGUACUCCCAAAGUGCAAAAGAGUUGGCAGGGAAAAGUUAUUUUCGUGAACAAGACACCACCUGGCAGCGAGUGGUCCGACAUUAUCGAUUGCCAUGUCGCAGGGGAGACUGAUGCAUGGGUCGACAAAGUGUUGGAAGACUGGAAGAAGAUGCGACCAUCAGACUGGGAGAUACAACAGACCCUUGAUCACACUGACGAAUCCAAUGGGUUCAAAGCCGUCAAAGAGACCGCUACCAAGACGAAGGGCAAGGCUGCAUCAAAGUGGAAUCUGAACGUCGAGAAUGUGCCACCGGAGGAUCCAUUUUUGUCACAACCAGCGUCACCAUCAAAAAAGCCCGUCAGUGUUCCGUCAUCGCCAACUAAGCGGCGACAGUCUGUGUCACACUACUCAGACGUGGAGUCAAGUCCACGCAAGAGACGCGAUAUCGCCAGAAUCGCGGAUGGUAUGGAUAGGUUGGACAUGUCAGACAGGCGCAUACUGUUUGCAGAUGCGACAAAUGCAGCCAAGAAUACGGGAGGAGAUGAUCUUCUGAUGGAUGAAUUACAACCUCCGAAAGCAAAGGUACGCCGAGCGAGCGCAUCGGUCGUCUCCAGGGAAUGCAAACCUCGGCCUCGAAAUGUUGCCAAGUCAAGGGUUGAGAUGUGGGUGGAAAUCCCGAAGAAGCCUAGUAGUAUUCAUAGUCGGCUGUAAAUAAUUGUAUGGUAUACCUUUGUUAUAUUCUUCCAGUAGUAUUUGCAUGUUGCAAAGAUAGUUCAAGUCUUUGAGGUAGACAAU